UUCACCCCACCAAGCAACCUCUCUCUUUGUGUGUAAAGUUGUUUUACUUAUGGGCGUUUGUUAGCCUAGACGUUGCAUCAAUCGCUGAACUGGUCUGUCCAAACCCUCCAACUCUCUAACGGAAAACACUUCCCUCAUCUCCUUCCCUUCCCUUAUAUCUUCUCUUUCCAUCUACUUUCUCUUCUUGUCUUGUUUGCCCACCCGCAACCAUCUUUUUCUUCUUUCUUUUCUCCAUCAAUAGCGCCCCUUCACGGCUGCACCCUUCCCCGUCCUUUAUAUGUUUUUGCUCCCAUCCUUUAAUCACUUCAACUCUUUCUUUGGUGCUGACCCAUGAUCAUCAGGUUUCUGGAGAUCCAUCCAGCACCAAUCUAGCUGGGGUAUAUAUAUAUACACACCUCGGAAAUACAUACGUAGUUAAUAGCUAGGCUAGGGUUGCUUGGAUCUUACUACAUAGCUUGUUGUGAUCAGCAAAGAUCAGAUGUGCACCAGAGGCCACUGGAGGCCUGCUGAAGAUGAAAAGCUCCGGGAGUUGGUGGAACGCUAUGGCCCUCAUAAUUGGAACGCCAUAGCCGAAAAGCUUCAAGGCAGAUCAGGCAAAAGCUGUAGGCUGAGAUGGUUCAACCAGUUGGAUCCGAGAAUCAAUAGAAGCCCUUUCACGGAAGAGGAAGAAGAACGGCUUUUGGCUUCUCACAGGAUCCACGGGAACAGAUGGGCUGUUAUUGCGAGGCUUUUUCCCGGUCGCACUGAUAACGCCGUAAAGAACCACUGGCAUGUCAUCAUGGCACGUAGAUGCAGAGAACGAUCCAGGCUUUAUGCCAAAAGAUCAGCUGGCCAUCACUCAACCACCCUACCCGACCAUCGAAAGCCUUCCCCUAAACCACUCCAUCAAGCUGUUCACUCCGAGUCUGAGAUAACGACUAGUUUUGCUCCACUUUUCGACAAAUACAAGCAAGGAUAUCCCUACCCCUACCCUUUCCCUCCCCAUUUUUUCAAAGAGUUUUACGCUCGCGACUGGAAUCCAACCCAUUGUAGGACAAUCACGGAAGAUAAGAAUCGACCAACCGAAUUCUAUGAUUUUCUUCAAGUAAAUACAGACUCCAAUAAAAGUGAAGUGACAGACAACACCAGGAGAGAUGAUGAGGAGGUAGAUCAGGAAGCUAUGGAGCAGCAGAGCAAGGCUGGGGCUUCAUUCAUCGAUUUCUUAUCGGUCGGAAGCUCCUCGUAACGUUUUUGUCUUGAUCACCCUUCACGAUCAUACAUAGAUAUCAUUGCGAAAGAAUCAUCAACUUACAUCAACACACUGUAGAAAAAGACAAAAAAAAACUAAUUACAAGCUUAAUUUGCUAGCUGUUGCCACUGCAUCGAUUGACACAACAUAUUUAAGAAAAUUUAUCAAUUAUCUAGGCGUUAUAUAGAAACCAAAUGACAUGAUUAUGUGUGAUAUAGCCGAGGCUUUACGCAAAAAGCGCUGCUGUAAAACCCUUGUCAGUGGAUCUCAGGAAUGUUUAGCAUUAAAAUCAUCAUGUUCUGUGGUUUUUUUCUCCCUUGUGUUGGCCUGAAAUCAUGUUCCUCAGAUACGUCAUUAAUUUGCAUGAUCUAUUCUCUUCUGUAAAUGUGUACCUUUUUCUGCU